AUGUCCUCUCAAUCUCGCAAGCGCAAAGUCCUGCUCAUGGGUAAAUCGGGUUCCGGCAAGUCGAGCAUGCGCAGUAUCAUAUUUUCCAACUAUGUGGCACGCGAUGUUCGCCGCUUAGGCGCUACAAUUGAUGUUGAGCAUUCUCAUGCCAAAUUCAUGGGAAACCUGACGCUAAAUCUGUGGGAUUGCGGCGGGCAGGAUGCUUUCACAGAAUCAUAUUUGAACAGCCAGCGAGAGAGCGUGUUCAGCGAUGCAAGUGUGUUGAUAUACGUGUUCGACAUCGAGAGCAGAGAGGUCGAACGAGAUCUCGAUACGUACAGCGCGGUGAUUGCGGCAUUGAAGGAAUUCAGUCCUAGUGCCUACGUGUUCUGCUUGGUGCACAAAAUGGAUCUCGUACAGCAUGAGCACCGUGAGAGAAUCUACGAUGAGCGCUGCAGGCUGAUUGCGGCACGAUCGGAAGGCAUGAAGCUCGAGACGUUUGCCAGCAGUAUCUGGGACCAGACGCUAUACAAGGCUUGGGCAGGGAUUGUUCAUAAGAUGGUACCGAACCUGCUCGCGAUCGAAAAAUUCCUUUCCGACUUUGCCGCACGAAUCAUGGCUGAAGAGAUCAUCCUGUUUGAACGGUCGACCUUUCUCAUGGUCACCUCAACGUCAAGCAUGGCUAAUCAGGACGAAGAAGACGAGAAUCCGAAUCCGGACCGACAUGAAAGGAUAUCAAACAUCAUGAAAUCAUUUAAACACACGGUUGCUAAAAACACGCAUACGACAGCCGCUUCGGCGGGUUUCGUUAUGGCGAAAAUCCAGACACCCAGUUUCAAUUGCUUCUUGGCCAGGUUUACCGAAAACACGUACAUCAUGGUUGCACUACCGCCAGGAGAAGCAGAGUUCAACUGUGCAGUACUGAACACAAUGAUGGCCAAGGAGGCAUUCCAGAAAGGUACCGGCGUUGAGGGGUGA